UAUACUAAAUACGUUCUACACACUCGCACACCCCGACUGCGGAAUUGAUAAAACCCUCGAACAAUCUCGGAUUUUGAUAGCUGCCCCCAUGGCGAUUCUCUCUGAGUACAAAGAAGAAGACCAGAAGAAGCCGACGGCGUCGACCUCAUCUACGACGAAAACGUUUUCGGCAGCACUCGAUCCGUCGGAUCCGCUAGGGUUUUUGGAGAAGGUUUUCGAGUUCGUUGCCAAAGAGACGGAUCUGUUCAAGAGCGACAAUCUGGUGAAGGAUGUGAAUGCAGUGGUUAGAGUGGUCAAGGAUAAAGUGGAGGCUGAAGAGAAGAGUAAGAAGGAUGUGAAAAUCGAUGGGAAUGGUAAGGUGGAAAAGCAGGCUAAAGCGCGGGAGCAGGAGGAAGCGAGGGACGAUGCGGUCAAGAAGGAGUCUGCCCACCCCCCGGUUGAAAAGGCAGAAGAGGAGGUGGUGACCGAGGCGAAGGGAAGCGGGAGUAAAGCGGAAGAACAGGAGAAAGGGUCUCGAGCUCCUAACAGAGCCAAUGGCCUUGACAUGGAUACAUACACUUGGGGCCAAACCUUGCAGGAGGUCAACAUUACUGUUCCCGUCCCUCCUGGUACAAAAUCAAGAUUCAUUUCUUGUGAGAUAAAGAAGAACCAUCUGAAAGUGGGACUCAAGGGUCAGCCAGCAGUUAUCGAUGGAGAACUCUUUCAGGCUGUGAAGGUUGAUGAUUGCUUCUGGAGUUUAGAGGACCAGAAAUCUGUCUCCAUUCUUCUGACUAAACAAAACCAGAUGGAAUGGUGGAAAUAUCUGGUGAAGGGAGAGCCGGAGAUAGACACUCAGAAGGUAGAGCCAGAAAACAGCAAAUUGUCUGAUCUGGACCCAGAAACGCGGACCACCGUGGAGAAGAUGAUGUUUGACCAAAGACAGAAGCAGAUGGGCCUUCCUACCAGCGAUGAGAUGCAGAAGCAAGAGAUAUUGAAGAAGUUCAUGGCAGAGCAUCCGGAGAUGGACUUCUCGAAGGCGAAGAUAUCCUAAAGAGGCAGGGGGCUAGAGCUCGCUCUGGAAAACAGAGAUAAUACAUAGAGAGGAGGAGGAGGAGGCAAGGCAGGACAGGACAGGACGGGAUGGGACAGGAGGCAACAUGAAUGAAUGAAUGAAUGAGAUUGCGUUGUUGCCUUUUCUUCCUUUGCUUUGUGAAGUUGUUACUUCAGUGAGUGAGUCAUGGGACCUUCUUUGCUGGACUAGAGAUGGAUGAUCCUUAUGAUGGGCUAGCUUGAGAUCAUCAUCAUCACCAUCAUUAUAUAUCAAUUUGGGAACGCUUACUCUCUA